UCUUCCUUCAACCUCCGAUAGUUUUUUGGGCUUGUUCCAAAUGCUUCGCUGUCAGAAUUGGAGUUGGCUGGAGUGCACUACUGUGAAGGUGAUUGGAGUAAACUGAAAGAAGGGCAUCAUGGCAUUGAUGAGGUGGAUUUGUUGAGAUAUUGUUUUUCGUCUGCAUUCAUUGUAGCGCUAUUACACGACAGUCUAAGAAUCCCUAUGGAUUAUAAGAGGAUUGGGUUUGCAAACCAGGCUGGCAGUACUGCUGUUGACUGGACUUUAGGAGCUUUCAUCCUCCAGACGGUGGAGCCUCUUGAAUUGGAACCAGAAAACCUGGGCCACAUUGUUGGGAAUGACACGGUCACAUACCUCUCACUUUUUGCCAUUAUCUUCUUGGCAGCCAUUGCUGCAUUCUAUGUAUCGAAAUGGAGGAAACCUCAACUGAAGACAGUGUAUGACCUGGAGAAAGGGCAUUACAUUAUCACCCGUAUACCCAGGUGAUUUUGUGAUUUCGUUUUUAGAAGUUUGUAAAUUUAUUUGUAAUGGCAAUGGCAAAAAUAGUCUUCGAGGAAACUGAAGGAAAGGGAGAGGAUGGGCCAGAGCAAUGAGAUGGAAAUUCUUUUA